AAUGAGUUUAAUGAUUUAUUUUGGAAGGUGUUCCAUAACGAAUUAAUUUUUAAAACUAUAAUUAAGUUUUUAGAGAAUAACACCAUGGUUCAUUUUAAUUCAUUUGAAAAAUGCUAUAUUGGGAACCGAAUUAAAUGGUCUAAUAUUAAAAGUUUACAAUGGAUGGUCGAGAACAAACAAUUUGCCCUUUUAAAAGACAAGCUGCAAUCAAACCAAUACAUACACAUCAAUCAUAUUGGCAUUAAUAAAUUCUUUCAAGACUGCAAUGAUCAACAGAUUAUUCACUUGUUAUACGAAAAACAUAGGUCUCAAUUAGGAAUGGUUAAUUUAUUGGAAGUAGCUUCAAAAUACCAAAAUUUUACAGCAUUAAACUAUUUUUUAAAUAUUAUUAUACCCAAGCUUUCAGUUUUUUCCCAAACAUUAGAGUUUGUUAUAAAAUAUUCAACAGCUAAAGUUUUAGACUUUAUUUUA